AUAUCCACCGUGUCACCUGGUGCACAUGUCACUAAUGUGCACAGUCCACAGUGGCAACUGGUGAAGGUGUCACCCGUAUGCAAAGGGUCAACUGGUGGAGGUGUCACCAGUAUGCACAGUGUCAACUGGUGGAGGUGUCACCAGUAUGCACAGUGUCAACUGGUGGAGGUGUCACCAGUAUGCACAGUGUCAACUGGUAGAGGUGACACCAGUAUGCACAGUGGCAACUGGUGGCGGUGUCACCAGUAUGCACAGUGUCAACUGGUGGAGGUGUCACCAGUAUGCACAGCGUCAACUGGUGGAGGUGUCACCAGUAUGCACAUUGUCAACUGGUUAAGAUGUCACCAGUAUGCACAGCGUCAACUGGUUAAGAUGGCACCAGCAUGCACAGCGUCAACUGGUGGAGGUGUCACCAAUAUACACAGCAUCAACUGGUGGAGGUGUCACCAGUAUGCACAGUGUCAACUGGUGGAGGUGUCACCAGUAUGCACAGUGUCAACUGGUGGAGGGGUUUCGUGUAGGCAAGAGUAUGCACCAGGUGCUAGAGGACUCGUAUAGUAUGGCACCCAGUAGCUGCUCUCUGGCAGCUAGUAGCCCCCCCCCCACCCAGCGAUUCACUAGCAGCAAUUCUGUCAUGCUAAGCAGGCUUCAUUUGCGUGCCGAGCAAAAGCAUUGGUGCACACCAGAUAUGAAGGGUCGUGACGUGUCACUACAACAAAGACUGUUGGUGUACACAUCAUCCUAGCUGGCCUUCAAGGGCACAUGACAGUGACCAGGUCAAUAUUACAUAGCACCAUGGAGUGAAGAAAAAAACGAAAUCAUUGAUCAUGUUGCGUGAAUGUUGAGAGUAAAUACAGUAGCGUUACUACAUUAUAUCAAAUGUAUAUUUCGGUACACAUAAAUAGCACUAUCCAGUUAUCAGUAGUGGAUUAACAGUCUGGUGCAAGACUGGCGGUGAUAGAAUUCUUUCUAGCCAGAUAUCUAUGUUUUAUGUCUAUCGCAGUAAGACACAGUCAUUUCGCGGGGAAAGUUUGCCGAUGUGUGGGGUUUAAAUGAGGAUUGAUACCAAGAAAGAUUGUGUGAUAUUUGAGGCAACCUCUGAAUGAUUAAAUGGAUACAUGGCCCCUAGGUUCCUUGCAUAUUUUCAGUUAAAAUAGGUUAAAUUACGCUACAUAAAAAAUGUCAUUGUUCAAUAUUAAUUUGAAAUAUUUUUUUUUACGUUUUAAAACUAAUGGCUGUAUCAUUGCUUACAACGGCGGUGGCGCCACUACUAGCCAGCCAAUCAACUUUCAAAGUUGCGCAUCACAACUUUUUGACUGGAGGCUACAGACUGAGGGUGUUUCUUAUUUAUAAAUUUAAGAUGAGAAGGAUUGCAAUAUCUUAUAAACAACUUUUAGAUUCCGUGUUAUAAUCUGGACGAAUUUGUCUUAAAAUAAAAAUCGUUCAGUUAAAUUGCA